GUUUGUUGUGCUGUUCAUGGAUGACCUGGGCCAUAUUUCCCAGUGGCACUCCAUUGUGGCCGGAAGUCUGGCAGGCAUGGUUUCCAUGAUUGUCACAUACCCUACAGACCUCAUCAAAACCCGGCUGAUUGUGCAAAACAUGCUGAAACCAUCUUACAGGGGGAUUACCCAUGCUUUUUCUACUAUUUAUCAGCAAGAAGGGUUCCUGGCCCUCUAUCGAGGGGUGUCCCUCACUGUUUUAGGUGCGGUUCCCUUCUCUGCUGGCUCCCUUCUAGUUUACAUGAAUCUGGAGAAAAUCUGGAAUGGACCCCGGGAACGAUUCUCUCAGCUACAGAACUUUGCCAAUGGCUGCAUGGCUGCUGCUGUGAGCCAGAGUCUUUCCUUUGCCUUUGACACCGUGAAGAGAAAGAUGCAGGCUCAAAGUCCUUAUCUUCCCAACUGUGGAGGAGUAGAUGUCCAUUUCUCAGGAGCAGUGGACUGCUUCCGGCAGAUAGUGAAGACCCAAGGGGCACUAGGGCUCUGGAGCGGACUGACAGCUAACUUACUAAAGGUAGUUCCAUAUUUUGGAGUUAUGUUUAGCAUGUUUGAGUUCUGUAAGAGAAUUUUUCUUUAUCAAAAUGGUUACAUCCUGUCCCCACUGACCUAUAAACUGACUCCAGGGGUGGACCAAAGUUUGAAGCCCCAGGAGUUACGGGAAUUAAAGAAGUUUUUCAAACCCAGAACGGAAUCUAAAAAACCAACUCUGUAAAGCUGCUGGAACUUCACCGGUAGAAGACUUGGAGCAGUCACAGAUGAACAUGGCCUGUUACCUGUGAACAUCAGGAGGAAUGAGAGGGUAUUUCUGUCUGCUGUUCUUGGAAAUGAGACCACUAGGCCAUACAUUACCUCAGAACCCCAAAUUUUCCCUGUGAAUACCUGUACCUUGAAAAGCUUUUCUGACACUUCUCUGUCACAAUGGCACUCCACCAGACUUUAUAAGGAAGGCUAGUGGCAAUCAGAUGUACAGUUUACCCUCUGAGGAAAAACACCCUGGGAGGCAACAUUGCCACAACACUUCAGAGCACCUUGUAACUCAAGUAGCAGAGCAGACACAUGUCAGGAGCCCAGCUACAAGAGUCCAGGUGGAGGAAGCCAAGUUUCUCUCACUUGGACCUGUGGCUUCUCCACACAGACUUCUUAAACUCAUAGCUUUGCUGCCUUUGGAGAGCACAAACCACCAUGUAGGUUAGGCCUUAACAAAAACCCCAAAUGAAAACUUUUUGGGUUAUUUUUUCCCAAAUGAUCUUGCUACAAAGUCCAGGCUGCCUUCAGAGUCAUGAUCUUCCUGCCUAGACUCCCAGACAGUGGAUAUUGCAAGUGUGCACUGCAAUGCUCAUCUCUAGAACCCUCAUUCUUUAUUGAAACAUCAAGCACCCCAACCUUUGAAGCUUCUAUUUCAAGAAGGGAGUUUACCCCCAUGACUUCUUAAUGAUGCACUGACAUCCUGACUCAAGUCAUGCACAGUUCCAGCGGCCUCAAUUAUCUGCCUUUUUAACUUGCUUUGUAAGCCCAAUCUGAAAAUAAAUUAUUCAGUCAUCUUCGUUAUUCUCACAAGAUGUCCUAGUUGCCUAGAAAAGGAUAGAUAGAACAUAUGACACAUAUAUAUACCCCCAAAAUAGCAUGAAAUAAAAAUCCUUUAGGCUAAUCA